AACCCAACAUUAAUAAGAAGAAACUCAUCAGCUCAGAGAUAAACGGAGGAUAUUGAAGAUGGCACGCGACUCGGUGGUGCUUGCGAUCGUCUUAUUAGGAUGUCUUUUUGCGAUUUCAAUGGCUAAAGAAGAGGCUACGAAGUUGGGAUCUGUUAUAGGAAUUGAUCUUGGUACCACUUACUCUUGUGUUGGUGUUUACAAAAAUGGCCAUGUUGAGAUCAUUGCCAAUGACCAAGGAAACCGUAUUACACCUUCCUGGGUGGGUUUCACCGACUCCGAGAGGUUGAUUGGUGAAGCUGCUAAGAAUCAGGCGGCUGUCAAUCCAGAGAGGACUGUCUUUGAUGUCAAGAGAUUGAUCGGGAGAAAAUUCGAGGACAAAGAGGUGCAGAAAGACAUGAAACUUGUUCCUUACAAGAUUGUGAACAAGGAAGGCAAGCCUUACAUUCAAGUCAAGAUCAAGGAUGGUGAGACCAAGGUUUUCUCUCCUGAGGAGAUCAGUGCCAUGAUUCUUACUAAGAUGAAGGAGACUGCUGAAGCUUACCUUGGCAAGAAAAUCAAGGACGCUGUUGUCACUGUUCCAGCUUACUUCAAUGAUGCCCAGAGGCAGGCCACAAAGGAUGCUGGUGUUAUCGCUGGGCUCAAUGUUGCUAGAAUCAUCAACGAACCCACUGCUGCUGCUAUUGCCUAUGGUCUGGAUAAGAAGGGUGGUGAGAAGAACAUCCUAGUCUUUGACCUUGGUGGUGGUACUUUUGAUGUCAGUGUCUUGACCAUUGAUAAUGGAGUGUUUGAGGUUCUCUCCACAAAUGGUGAUACCCACUUGGGAGGUGAGGACUUUGACCACAGGGUCAUGGAUUAUUUCAUCAAGCUGAUCAAGAAGAAGCACCAGAAGGACAUCAGCAAGGACUACAAGGCUCUGGGUAAACUCCGAAGGGAAUGCGAGAGAGCCAAGAGAGCUCUUAGCAGCCAGCACCAAGUCCGUGUUGAGAUUGAGUCCCUCUUCGAUGGUACUGAUUUCUCUGAGCCACUCACCAGAGCCCGUUUCGAGGAGCUGAACAAUGACUUGUUCAGAAAGACAAUGGGACCUGUGAAGAAGGCCAUGGAUGAUGCUGGUCUACAGAAGAGCCAGAUCGAUGAGAUUGUACUUGUUGGUGGAAGUACUAGGAUCCCAAAGGUACAACAACUAUUGAAGGACUUCUUUGAAGGGAAAGAGCCAAACAAGGGUGUGAACCCCGAUGAGGCUGUUGCUUAUGGUGCUGCCGUUCAGGGAGGUAUAUUGAGCGGAGAAGGUGGUGAUGAAACCAAAGAUAUCCUUCUUCUGGACGUUGCGCCACUCACUUUGGGCAUUGAGACUGUCGGAGGAGUGAUGACAAAGCUGAUCCCUAGAAACACGGUCAUUCCAACCAAGAAAUCUCAGGUGUUCACGACAUACCAAGACCAGCAGACCACUGUCUCCAUCCAGGUCUUUGAAGGUGAACGAAGUCUCACCAAAGACUGCAGGCUGCUCGGGAAAUUCGACCUCAAUGGAAUCCCACCAGCUCCAAGGGGGACCCCUCAGAUCGAAGUCACAUUCGAAGUGGAUGCCAACGGUAUUCUCAACGUGAAAGCAGAGGACAAGGCAAGUGGGAAAUCAGAGAAGAUUACAAUCACAAAUGAGAAGGGACGUCUGAGCCAAGAAGAGAUUGAGCGGAUGGUGAAGGAGGCAGAGGAGUUUGCAGAUGAAGACAAGAAGGUAAAGGAGAGGAUUGAUGCAAGGAACAGCCUGGAGACAUACGUAUACAACAUGAAGAACCAAGUGAACGACAAGGACAAGCUUGCAGACAAAUUGGAGGCAGAUGACAAGGAGAAGAUAGAAGCCGCGACGAAAGAGGCUCUUGAGUGGCUCGAUGAAAACCAGAAUGCAGAGAAAGAAGAUUACGAUGAGAAGCUCAAGGAGGUUGAGGCUGUAUGUAAUCCAAUCAUCACUGCGGUUUACCAAAAGUCGGGUGGGGCACCGGGAGGUGAAUCAGCUUCGACAGAUGAGGACGAUGAAUCUCACGAUGAGCUCUAGACCAAAAGUCGGAUAUUGUUGAUUUGUGACUUCCCAAGUGGUUGGAAAGAGUAGAGACUAGAGAGCGACAGACAUAUUAGUUGUUAUUAAAGUUUUGAGCUUUUU